AUGAGUGACACCCUACCCACACUCUUUCAGACUGCAAGAAGCAGUCUACUGAAGGAGGAGGCUUUAGCCAUUUCUGCUCUGGAGGAACUGCCUAUUCAUCUAUUUCCAGAAAUGUUCAAGGGGGCUUUCACUGACAGGCGUACAAAGGUCCUGACUGCAAUGGUGUCUGCCUGGCCCUUUCCAUCUCUUCAUGUAAGAACCCUGAUAGAAGAAGUUCCUCAACUGGAGACUUUGAAAGCACUGCUUGAUGGGUUGAAUGUCCUGUUAACACAGAAGUUUCAUUCCAGGUGUAAACUCAGAAUGCUUGAUUUGAGAAGGAAUGUGUACCAUAACUUCAGGGGCAUACAGGUUGAACCUCAAGAGGAUGACUGCUCAUCACAGACAUGUCCUGACCCUGGGAGGAAGGUAUAUUUUAAGGUGGUAACCGAUUUUGAACUCACAGAGGCUGGUUUCGAUGAAUGGACCAUAUAUUUGUUGGAAUGGGUCAAGCAGAGAAAAUCUUCCAUUCAUCUGUGCUGUAGGAAGCUGCACAGUUGUGCUUUACCAGUCUCUGCUGUCAGAAAGGUCUUUAAAUUGGUGGAUUUGAACUGUAUCCUGGAGCUACGGCUGAGUGAGUGGUUGCUUGAAUUCCUGGUAGACCUUGUUCCUUACCUGGAGCAGAUGAGUAAUCUUCGCACCCUCAUGCUAGAGGGAAUUAAGGAGCCCUUCAGUGUUACUGCUUGUGAAGACCAAGAAGAUGAGUGGCAUGGCACGUUACUUUCUAUGCUCCCCAACUUUGCCUGUCUCCAGAAUCUCUAUUUGAAUGAUAUCUACCUUCUAGAAGACUCCCUUGACCAGUGGCUCAGCUGCCUGACAACCCCUUUGGAGACCUUGUCAAUUAUUAACUGCCAUCGACUGUUACAGUCAGACUUCGAGUACCUGCCCCAUUGUCUGAAUAUUCGUAAGCUCAAGCAUCUGAACUUGAAGGAUGUCUUUCUAUCUGAUGUAGGCUAUGAACUUCCGGGGCUCAUCCUUGAGAAAGUCACAAGUACCCUACAAAUUCUGGAACUGGAGCUGUGUGGAAUGACAGACUUUCAUUUCAAAGCCCUCUUGCCUGCCCUAAGCAAAUGCUCCCAGCUCCUCAAAGUCAACUUCUAUAUGAAUAGUAUCUCUCUGCCUGUCCUGAAGGAGCUUCUUCUUCAUACAGCAGAGCUGAGCCAGCUGAGCCAGGAGCUGUACCCUGCCCCUCUGGAAUGCUAUGAGGGUAACAAGAUACUUAAAGACAGAUUUAAGCAAUUUUGUCCAGAGCUGCUGGGCAUACUUAGGGACCAAAGGAGGCCCAAGAAAGUCUCCUUUGCUACAAGUAUCUGCCCCGAGUGUUCACAUUCCUGUUAUUAUAAUUAUAAUCUGGGGGCCACAGAUUGCCUUUGUCAGUAA